UUGAUUCACGCCUGCAGAGCCCAAUCUCUCAAGACACCAUGUCGUCCAUGGCAAUGCGGUCGAUGCGCCAAUUGAGCUUCAGGCCGGCUUUGACUCGCACGCGUCUACCUCUUCGCAUCCCAACGGCAACCCGAGUAUCGCGUCCCAUGAUCGCAUCACACCGCUCCUUCUCCACCACAAGGCCGCGCUAUGAGAGCCAAUCGCCCGAUGUAUUCCAUUCUCUCACAGAGGGACCUGCUGCCAGUUUUCUCUCCACCCUGAGCCAGACCAAGAAGACACCCCAGACGCUCACUGAGAAGAUCGUGCAGCGCUAUGCUGUCGGUGUCGCCGAAGGCAAGACACUCAAAGCAGGCGACUAUGUCACCCUCCAGCCCCAUCGAUGCAUGACCCACGACAAUUCGUGGCCGGUUGCCCUCAAGUUCAUGUCCAUUGGCGCCACAAAAAUCAACGACCCGAACCAAAUCGUCAUGACCUUGGAUCAUGAUGUCCAGAACAAGACGGAGAAGAAUCUGAAGAAAUACAACCAGAUCGAGGAGUUCGCCAAGAAACAGGAUGUCGUCUUCUAUCCGGCCGGACGAGGAAUUGGCCAUCAGAUCAUGGUCGAGGAGGGAUACGCUUGGCCUGGUACGCUGGCAGUAGCUUCCGACAGUCACUCCAACAUGUAUGGAGGAAUUGGAUGUUUGGGGACACCAGUCGUGCGAACAGAUGCAGCGAGUAUCUGGGCUACUGGAAAGACCUGGUGGCAGAUCCCACCUGUUGCCAAGGUUACAUUUCAGGGCCAUCUGCCUGCAGGUGUCACCGGUAAGGAUGUGAUUGUUGCUUUGGCUGGCUUGUUCAACAACGACGAGGUGCUCAACCAUGCUAUCGAGUUCACGGGCAGCGAUGAAACUUUGCGCAGUAUUCCUAUCGAUCAUCGCCUCACCAUCGCAAACAUGACUACGGAAUGGGGUGCCCUCACUGGUCUUUUCCCAAUCGAUUCCGUCUUGCACGGUUGGUUGAGGGCUAGGGCCACAGACGCUGCCAUGUUCGGAGCCCAGGCCGAGUACAAGGAUCACCACCAGCAGCAAUUCCUUCACGAGCGCAUCGAUAAGCUCUUCAGCGCUACCGGCAUCGUGGGGGAGAAGACUGGCCACAUCUUCCAACCUGCGUUGGCCGCCGACAAAGGCGCUACCUACGCCAAGGAACUCUUCCUGGACCUCUCUACCCUAUCUCCCUAUGUUUCUGGCCCAAACUCGGUCAAGAUCGCCACGCCAUUGCCUGAGCUUCAGGCUCAGGACAUCAAGGUCAACAAGGCUUACCUAGUCUCGUGCACCAACUCGAGAGCGUCUGACCUAGCAGCAGCAGCCAAGGUUUUCAAAGAUGCUACUGCCGACAAUAACGGGCAAAUUCCCAAAAUACCCUCUCAUGUCAACUUCUACAUCGCCGCUGCUUCCAUCCCUGAACAGCGCGCCGCUGAGGAGACCGGUGACUGGCAGACUCUGCUCGAGGCUGGAGCGCAACCGCUUCCAUCUGGCUGUGGUCCAUGCAUUGGACUGGGCACUGGUCUUCUUGAGCCAGGCGAAGUCGGCAUCAGUGCAAGCAAUCGUAACUUCAAGGGCCGCAUGGGAUCCCCGGAUGCGAAAGCUUAUCUGGCUAGUCCCGAAGUGGUUGCCGCAAGCGCACUGUCCGGCAAGAUCUCUGGCCCCGGAUGGUACGAAGAGCCAAUAGGCUACACCGGUGUCCGUCGUGGUGAGGGCGACGGCGUAGUCGAGGAGGAACGUAUGAUGACUAUUGAAGACAUGCUAGAACAAGUCAUCAAGCAGGCGGACGCCCAGAUCGAAACCGCCGAAGGUGCUGCUGAUCAACAACCUGAGACCGCUGCCGCAGCUGGAUCAGAGUCGCUCACUGAGAUUCUUCCUGGUUUCCCCGAGAGAAUAGGUGGUGAGAUUGUUUUUUGCGAUGCAGACAACAUUAACACGGAUGGCAUUUACCCCGGCAAAUACACGUACCAAGACGAUGUUAGCCGUGAGAAGAUGGCUGAAGUGUGCAUGGAGAACUACGAUCCAUCCUUUGGUGCCUCAGCCAAAGCAGGGGAUAUCCUCGUAUCCGGCUUCAACUUCGGCUGUGGCAGCAGCAGAGAGCAAGCCGCAACUGCCAUUCUCGCCAAGGGCAUUCCCCUGGUCGUCGCAGGCAGCUUCGGCAACAUCUUCAGCAGAAACAGCAUCAACAACGCCCUUAUGGGUGUCGAAGUCCCCAAGCUAGCGAACCGUUUACGUGAAGUUUUCUCCUCUUCCACUCCGGCUGCAUCCCAGCAGAACAUGCAAGAGCCUUCCCAGAACAGCGAGUCUCUCGAUUCACCGCCCCCGGGCGCCGUCGCUCAACCCCCGCAAGCCAAACAGCUCACUAGGCGUACGGGCUGGACUCUCGAGUGGGAUGUUCGUAGGAGCACCGUCAAUGUUCAGGAAGGCCCCAACGGGCCUAAAUGGAGCGUCAAGGUCGGAGAGCUCCCGCCGAAUGUACAAGAGAUCAUCGCGCUGGGCGGUUUAGAGAGCUGGGUGAAGAAGGAGAUUGGUGGAACAGGAUAA